UGGAUGUUCGACCGGUACUAAUAUCGCGCCGCUUCCUUCCGCUGUCUCUUUCUUUCACGCGUCCCGAGAGUGAGAUUUUUCAACCUUGUCUUUAAACCGGCUGUUCACCGAUCCUUGGAAGCACUGCCAAGAUGCCCAGGGAAGACAGGGUCACGUGGAAGUCCAACUAUUUCCUGAAAAUCAUCCAACUGCUGGAUGAUUACCCCAAGUGUUUCAUCGUGGAAGCAGACAAUGUCGGCUCCAAGCAGAUGCAGACCAUCCGUCUGUCCCUGCGGGGCAAGGCCGUCGUGCUCAUGGGCAAAAACACCAUGAUGAGGAAGGCCAUCCGUGGCCAUCUGGAAAACAACCCGUCUUUGGAGAGGCUGCUUCCCCACAUCCGUGGGAACGUCGGCUUCGUCUUCACCAAGGAGGAUCUGACUGAGGUCAGGGACCUGCUGCUGGCAAACAAAGUGCCCGCUGCUGCCCGUGCCGGUGCCAUCGCCCCGUGUGAGGUGACCGUCCCGGCUCAGAACACCGGGCUCGGUCCUGAGAAGACCUCCUUCUUCCAGGCUUUGGGAAUCACCACCAAGAUCUCCAGAGGAACCAUUGAAAUCUUGGUGAGUGGCAGGAAUGGUAUACAGUCGAUGGUCCCGACAGACGGGGAUGCUUGGUCUCAAGACAGUUCUGAUGGACAUUUUUCUGCCUUCCCUGGCACUAAAAGCAUGUCUGACGCUUGUCCUCCGCAGGUGAAGGCCUACCUGGCUGAUCCCACCGCUUUCGCUGUUGCAGCUCCAGCUGCUUCGGCUGUGGAGGUGAAAUCUGCAGCUCCUGCGGCCAAAGAGGAGGCGCCCAAAGAGGAGUCCGAGGAGUCUGAUGGAGACAUGGGCUUCGGCCUGUUUGAUUAAACUGCCAAACAAACUGCCUAAAAGUUAACAACAUUGUCAGUUUAACAUCAAUAAAACAUCUGGAAACUUCA